CAUAUACCCGACAUCUCAACCACAUCAGACCUGCCCGCCCCCGCAAUAUGUGAACCCGAAGACUUCUUGCGAUCGAUAAGCCCUCGGCACCCAGACACUCACAUCCAAUUCAGCCGUGAUUUCGUCCCACGACAACGCACGUCCGCUCCCUUACACUCCACCUCGAUAGCGAACCGGAGUUCCGAAUACAAAUAGAAACACCGCAGACAAUGCCAGUCCCGCAAGAGAAAUACCUGUCGCCCAUCUGGCGCGAUGGGCUGUACAAGGACAAAGUAUUAUUCUGCACCGGCGGCGCAGGCACCAUCUGCUCCAUGCAAGUGCGAGCCUUCGUGGCUCUCGGGGGGAAUGCGUGCAUCGUAGGACGCAACGUAGAAAAGACAGAGAGCGCAGCAAAAGACAUAGCAACCGUGCGGACUGGCGCAAAAGUCAUCGGCCUGGGCAACGUGGACGUCAAGGACCCCGCCAUAUUGAAGGCUGCCGCGGACAAAUGCGCCAAAGAGCUGGGCGGAAUCGACUUCGCCAUCGCCGGCGCAGCGGGCAACUUCCUCGCUCCCAUGUCGCAGCUCAGCAGCAACGCCUUCAAAACCGUCAUGGACAUCGAUGCACUGGGCUCGUUCAAUACCGCCAAAGCCGUCCUGCCGUACUUGAUUGAGAGCGCGAAGAAGAACAAGAACUCCGGCAAGAGCAACCCCACCGGCACCGGCGGCAGGAUCCUCUUCAUCAGCGCCAGCAUGCACUUCCGCGGCCAGCCGCUGCAGGCGCACGUCAUGGCCGCCAAAGCUGCCGUCGAUCAAAUCUCCAAUGCCAUCAGCAUAGAGUAUGGGCCGUAUGGCAUUACGUCCAACGUGCUGACUCCCGGACCGAUUGCCGAGACGGAGGGGAUGGAGCGCUUGGCUCGGGCGGGAGAUCGCGAUGGCGCUGCGCAGGGGUAUUUGAGGCGCAUUCCGUUGGGGAGGAUGGGGGAGACGAAGGAGAUUGCCGAUGCGAUGGUGUACUUGUUCUCUGAAGCUGCUAGUUAUGUGAAUGGGACCACGCUCGUGGUUGAUGGGGGCCAGUGGAGGACCAACAGCUCUGGAGACGAAGGCUUCUCGAAGUAUCCCGAUUUCAUUCUGAGCGGGGAAGAGGUCACGGGCGUGAAGAGUGGGCGGCGAAGUAAAUUGUGAGUGGUUUAUAGAUUAACGAGGACGUUUACGUUGAUUCGCUUCCCAUAUUUACAUU